AUGUCAAAUAAUAAAAAGGAUACCAUUGAUACUUUUUCUGAUAGUUUGACUAAAUAUCAGUUUACAAGAUUAUUCGAUUUUAAUAGUAAUGAUAUUGAAUUUCAUGGUUCUAAUAAAAAUCUUGAAUCAAAUAACACCCUCAAACCUGAUGCUUCCCAUUUAUUAAUAUCUACUAUACCUUUUGGAAGUAGUGAUAUUACUUCCUUUAAUAAUAAUAUUGAUAGCUUUCUUAAUUACUUACCUUUAGAUGUUCAAACUAUUG